CUAAAUGAGUGCUAUAACUACGGCCUGAAACUACUGCUGCUCUCAGUGGACGAGGGCAUGACGUGUUACCGUGAUGACUCCUUGGAGACUGUGAAGAGAACCAGCAGCAGUAUGAACUACCUCUGAAGAUUGUGUCCUAUGAGGAGCUGUAUGGCUGGACCAUGGAUGCCAUAGUGAAACAGAUCGGACUGAAGAACAGUUGYUCUUUCCGUGGAGUGUUGCGAAGACAGGCGCUGGACAGGGGAGCCAUGAUGCUGAAGGUUGAUAAGAUAUGUACAGACGCUUUGUUGGCGGACCUGGAAUCCACGACGUCCCACAUCUCCAAGCAUCCUGUGUUCCUGUCUGAGGAGACCCCCUACUCCUUCCCCACUGGAGGGAACUCCUACCAGGAUGUGUCAGUCCCUCCCCCGGUGCCACCCCCUCCCUCGGCUGAGGCUCUGAAUGGCUCUGUGAUAGACUCCCUGGACUCCCACCACUCCUCCCAACAGUCCUUGGGUUCAGCUCCGAAGAGCUUAUGGUCCAGGGACAGUAGCAGCCCGCCCCUGUCCCACAUUGAAGAGGACCACGUCUACAGUUUCCCCAACAAACAGAAGUCUGCUGACCAGUCUGCGGCUGCUAUGAGCUCAGCUCUGGGCAGCAACCUGUCAGAGCUGGACAGGCUGCUCCUGGAGCUCAACGCUGUCCAGCAGAACUCUCCCUCCUUCCCCACCACAGAGGAAACAGCCCCACCCCUGCCGUCCUGCAGCAUAACCCACUAUGUGCAGGAGAACGGGGGUCCCCCUGACAUCAUGGUGAGCCCUCUGUCUCAGGAGAAGACCAAACGGAAUGGGAGCCAGGCGGUGGAGGAGGGCCGGCCCACUGUGGAGAGUCUGCUGGAUGAGCUGGAGGGCUCUGUACCCACUCCCAGCCCCUCUGUUCUUCACAAUGAGUUGGACUCUUCCUCUCAGCAGCAGGCCAGAAUGUCAGCUUCCUGUGCCACACGCGAACUUGAUGAGCUCAUGGCCUCCCUUUCCGACUUCAAGAUCAUGGCCCAGGGGAAAGGUGGCCCUGGAGGCCCCCCAACACAGGUCAACAAGCUGGACAACAUGCUCGGCAGUCUGCAGUCUGACCUCCAUAAACUGGGUGUGCAGACUGUGGCCAAGGGAGUGUGUGGGGCCUGUUGUAAACCCAUCGUGGGACAGGUGGUUACUGCCAUGGGGCGCACGUGGCACCCAGAGCACUUUGUGUGUACCCACUGUCAGGAGGAGAUAGGUUCCAGAAACUUCUUUGAGCGUGACGGAGCGCCCUACUGUGAGAUGGACUACCACAACCUGUUCUCCCCACGCUGCCACUACUGUAACGGCCCUAUACUGGAUAAAGUUGUGACUGCGUUGGACAAGACAUGGCAUCCUGAACACUUCUUCUGUGCUCAGUGUGGAUCAUUCUUUGGCUCAGAAGGCUUCCAUGAGAAGGACGGGAAGGCGUACUGUAGGAAGGACUACUUUGACAUGUUUGCGCCGAAAUGUGGCGGCUGUGCCCGAGCCAUCCUGGAGAACUACAUCUCUGCGCUAAACUCCCUUUGGCAUCCAGAGUGCUUUGUUUGCAGGGAGUGCUUCACCCCAUUUGUGAAUGGGAGUUUCUUUGAGCAUGAUGGGCAGCCCUACUGUGAGGUGCACUACCACGAGCAGCGCGGCUCCCUCUGCUCGGGUUGCCAGAAGCCCAUCACCGGCCGCUGCAUCACAGCCAUGGGCAAGAAGUUCCACCCGGAGCACUUUGUUUGUGCUUUCUGCCUCAAGCAGCUCAACAAGGGCACCUUCAAGGAUCAGAACGACAAGCCCUACUGCCAGGGCUGCUUUGUGAAGCUCUUCAGUUAGGGAGUGGAUUUUCUGUGUGUGGCUCACAAGCUUGUAUCAGAAAGUGUUUGUGUAGCUCUGGUAGUGUGUGCAAAUUGGAUUGUGUGUGUUUGAAUUGUUUUAGAGGGAUGUCUGUAUACUGAUGGUGUGUAUGACAAAAGUGUGUGUGUUUCAGGUAGUAUGUGUGUGAGAUUCCAGCAUUCUCUUUUUGGCCCUUGAAGUGUAAUGGACAAUCAUAUCAGGUCUCUGCCUGUGCGCUCUCUGUGACGCUCAGAAUAGUGUGAUUUCAAACCCAAAUAGUUUUGCUUUGCUUUUGCAGUCAGAGUAAAUACUUGCUGAACACUGUAAGAACACAUGGAAUACGUACAUGGAAGUGUUUUGAAGUUGCUGCUCACUGGUUGAGUGUCUCUUGAAAACCAUUUGAAAUGUGUCAUGUUAUUAGAUCAGGGAGAUGUUGACCUGUCAUUGUUUCUUUUUUUUUUUAUCAGCUGAGGCCUUAUUUCAACUGCUAAAGCAAAGGCCUCGUGAGAUUUAUUUUGUUUGCUGUCUGAGUAACAGAACAGAUGCAUAUAAUGAUGUCAUUGUAGCUUUGACUGGAAAUAGGCUGUGGGUCAGUCAUUAUUUUAGUACUUGUGAAGCACAUGGUCGUGUCAUCAGACCCCUGUGGACUCAUUUUCACACACAGGGCCUUGUGACACAAUCAUUAACACCUCCACACAAGCAUUUGGUGUUUGACAAACAUACGAAUGCUGACAUGUUACAAUUUAGAUUUAAUGUAUAUUGGAACGUUUCUAUAAAAUGUAUCUGAAAAGAUAUUAAUUUACAACAAAUAAUAUUUGACUCCCUCUGUUUGGAAAAUCGGAGUCACGUAUAACGACAAAUGGGGAGAUGGAUAAUAUUGUUACUUUGUCACCUUCUCCACUGCCUACUCAGUCCUUUAGAGCUUAACCCUUAGUUGGACUGGUUUGGAGUUUCCUUUAUGUUCAGAAAGUGCUGAUGCAGUAUAUAAGAGUAUGCCACGAUAAACAAUUGAAUUUAUUCUGCAUACAGGAAACGGUUACAUUUUACUGUGAGAAUACUGUAUACAAAGCGCUGGUCAGUUAAUAGUUUAAAUAACCACUCAUUAAGAGAAAUCCUCUUAGAAAUUUCAAAGCAGAGAUGCUUUUCUAUUUUUCAAUAUCUGUGACAUUUGCUGAGCCUAUGUGAAGUUACUGUGCAUUGAGUUUCACUUUUUGUAAAAUAAAUAGAAGAAUACAGCACAAGGCGUUAUAACCCCUUAUGUACGUACACAGAUUCUAUGCAAACAAUACUGUGUGCAGCUGCAAACAUUUAACUCAACAACCCUCUUGACUCUAUCCAAGUGAUGCUUUCAAGGAAUAAGCCUAUCUAUUUUCUGUGCCAAUAUAUCAAUGCAAUGUCUUUUACACUGGGGAGACCAGCAAGGAAUCCUAUUGUUUAUAGAAGGGGAGUCCUGGACUAUCUCUUCAGAUUUCUGUCAGUGUGAGUCCACUGGAUAAUGUGUGUUGAUAUUGGUCUGAGUGCAAUGUGCAGGAUCUACUGUACACCAGUUGUGUUUGUGGGCUUGUAUUCUUAUCUAUCACAUAAUUUUAUUGGGUCUGUAUCUUGUUCAGGGAUUUACACCCAGAGCUUGUAAAUCUCUGUUCAUUGUUUUAUUUAAAUCAUUUAACCAUUUGUCUACUCAGAAUCAUUGUAGUUGGCAGUUAUUAACCAAAGUGAGUUUUUUAUUGAAAUUGUGUCCCUUGUCACCUUUUCAUUUGAGAUGUCAUAGUGCUGAAUUUUACAUUUCAACUUCAAUGGGGUAAGACUAGGGCAUGGACGUUGCAGGAAUCCCGGUUUGCAAUAAGCAUAUUUUGAAACUCAUCUUUGCAGCAAAUACACAACCUAGUUAACUCCGCACAUACUGUUGUGGAAGGUAAAUCUCAAUUGAUAAUUUUUUACUGUCAUCCUUCCUUACUUUUUUUUCUCAACGUUCCACACAUCAAGGGCAAAAGAGUAGGCUAGGGUUAUGUCAAAACGGGCCACACUCGUUUGAUGCCACUUCAAUACGGCUUCGAUACACUUCCGUAGUAGGUUGGGAGAGCGUUGUCGCUAGGAACCCUAGAGAGGAAGAGGCGAAGCGAGAGGUUUUAUUCCGCCCAAAAUCUSUCCACGAAAACAAGACCAUGAAGUGAGGGCUAGGUUUCCAUCAAAUUGGCAACAGAUUUUCAUGCAAAUAUUCAAAUCCGCAUAAAAAUAAUAUGCGCAUUUCGAGAUGUUUCCAUCAAAUAAAGUUGUUGCAGAAUAAAAGGCUGUGCGUGAUGACGUAGUGCACAUUACAAAAAACUUAAAUGGCUGUCGAUCGCAUUUUCAACUACUGGUGGUUUUGCCAAAACAACAUGCGUUAUAGCGAAUGUGCCCACUCUGGUCUUGGCACGUGCUCUCUAACCAACGGCUCGCAGUGCGGGUAGACUAUCUACAUGAUGAGGUUAUUAUGAAUAAGAGUGAGAAUUUUUAUUUGUCAAACGGCAGCCAAGCAUCGGUCAUCAUGUCACCAGGAUAAUAUCCUCGAUAUUUAUUGGAAAGCAGCWUCAAGCUCAUCACCGUGCGCUUUCACCACCCUGUGCAAUUCAUCAUCAUUUAUUUAAUCUGUAGCCUAAUAAACUGCAUGGUUUCCCGGGUCAUAGUGGGAGGACAACACAGCCUAUCAUCGCGCCACUCCAAAAUUACUUCGAUAUGUUGGUUAUUAUAUAAAUAUUUGGGCAUAAUGGCGUUUCCACAUAMAUUUCUCGCAUAAAUAAUUUUACUGACACAAAAAGAUCCCACCUUGUCUAGCGUAUUUUGUUUUGUCAACAUUGGGAAAGUUUACAGACAAAUUAGAUGUUUCCAUCAGCAACCUGGCCUGUCAUAAAUAUWUU